GUUCUCAUUGCGCCGAGAAUCGUCCUUUAGAAGAUCGUUUUCUUGUAUUUCCAGUCGACGUGGAAAAGCGAACCCUGGAUUGGAAGAGACUAAACCGCCCCCACCACGGCGCAUGCGUUCGCCGUUGAAAUUGCAUGUAUUUUUUUCUAUUAAAAGUUACGUCGAUUGUGGUAGAAUACCUAUAGAAAAUCGCCGUAGACGGACGAACUUUGUAUACAGGCGACUGUUCGUAUCCACCAGUCGUCGGGAUUUUUAGAACGUGGUCGACAAAAAAGACAAAAACAGAAAUUCUCGGCGAUGUCGACGAGCAACGACAGCACGCUAUUUCGGAACAUCAAUUACAGAUCCGACACCGAGUACGUGGUGAAGGUGGCUAAGACCUUGUUGACUCCCAUCGGUAUUUGGCCGCUUUACCGCGGUGAUUCCGCUUCCGACAAGAUCAAGACUUACCUCCAGACAGGUGUGAUGUUCUGUUUGAUGUGCUUUCUGCUUAUCCCCCAUGUUAUAUACACUUUCUUCGACGCGGAAGACUUGACCAGAUACAUGAAGGUCAUAGGUGCCCAAGUGUUCAGUCUGCUGGCUAUCAUUAAGUUUUGGACGAUGAUCGUUAACAGAGACGGCAUCAGGUAUUGCUUGCAACAGAUGGAGAUUCAGUACAGAGACGUGGAGUGCGAGGAAGACCGACUAGUAAUGGCGAAAAGCGCCAAGAUCGGCAGGCUCUUCACGGUGACCUAUCUGGGAUUGUCAUACGGCGGCGCUUUGCCUUAUCAUAUAAUCAUGCCGUUGUUGGCGGAGAGAAUCGUGAAGGAAGACAACACGACGCAAAUACCUUUGCCAUAUCUGAGCGAUUACGUCUUCUUCGUGGUGGAGAAGUCGCCGUUCUACGAGAUCAUCUUCGUCUCGCAAAUAUUGAUCAGCAGUAUCAUCCUGUCCACUAACUGCGGCGUUUAUAGUUUGAUCGCCACCUGUGUGAUGCACGGUUGUUGCUUGUUCGAAGUCGUUCGCAGGCAAAUCGGAAUGGUUCUCAACAAUGGGACCGAUCAUUUGCACGAACAACUCGGGAGGAUAAUCGAAAAUCACAUGCGAGCCAUUAGAUUCGCUGAGAUGAUUGAGAAAUCAUUGAACAUCGUUUUUUUAUGCGAAAUGGUUGGGUGCACUAUUAUUAUAUGUUUCUUGGAGUUUGGAGUACUCAAGGAAUGGGAGGACGGAGAAAACUUAGCUAUGGGCACGUAUUUUGUCCUAAUGACGUCGAUGUUCGUAAAUGUCUAUAUUAUAACAUUCAUCGGUGAUCGUCUUAAAGAAGAGAGCGAGAAGGUAGGAGAAUCGUCGUACUUCAUCGAGUGGUAUAAUUUGCCAACAAAAAUUGUGACUGAUUUAAUUUUGGUGAUGAUAAGAUCGAGCCGUCCUUCAACAUUAAGCGCCGCGAAAAUAUUUGAUCUCUCUCUCCAAGGAUUCUGCGAGGUCUGCAAAACGUCAGCGGCAUAUUUCAAUUUUAUACGAGCGAUGACAACAUGAUUCACGAAUAUCGUCGUACAAAGCAUCGACUAACAUGUACAUGAUAGGUCAUAUUGUU